CUCUCCCAUCUCCAAACAAACCACCCCUCUCUCUCUAUUGAAAAUGGACAGAGAAAGAGCCAACACCAUUUUCUUGUUCUUAUUACUCUCAUGUUGCAGAGUUUACUCAAAUGUGAUAACAAAGGAAAAUCCAUUCACAGCCAAAGCCUCAGCAAUUAGGUAUUGGAAUGCCCACAUUUCAAGCAAAAUCCCCCAAUCUCCUUUUCUACUAUCAAAAGCCUCGCCGCUAUCAUCGGUGGAAUCGGCGUUCUUCGCCAAACUCGCGGCGGAGAAAGGCCUCUCCGCCCACCUCGCCGCCUUCUGCGCCGCCGCGGACCUCUUCUGCCUUUUUGAAUCAAAGGCCGCGGCGGUGGGAGAGAACCACCGCAGCGACGCCGACUUCGCCUUCUACAACAACAAGCACUUCUCCAACUACGGCGGCGCCCGCCUCGGCGGCGCCGACCAGUUCAAGAACUACUCCGACGGCGUCAACUUCGCCACCGGCUCCUUCUCCCGCUACAGCCGGAGCUCCACCGGCCACCGCGAGGGCUUCGCCAGCUACGCCGACGACGGCAACGUUGCAACCUCCAAUUUCACCUCCUACGGCGGCGCCGCCACCGGCGGCGGCGGCGAUUUCAAAACCUACAUGCCGCGCGUCAACGUCCCCGACCUCCGGUUCGCGUCGUACGACGCCGACGCCAACGGGCACAAGCUCACAUUCUCGAGCUACGCCGACGACACGAACUCCGGCAGCCAGGGAUUCACCAGCUACGCCAAGAACGGCAACCACGCGCCGCUCGAUUUCUCGAGCUACGGCGACACGUCAAACGUCGUCGGAUCGACCUUCACCGGCUACGGCGAGGUCGCCAACUCCGCCAACGACACAUUCAAGGCCUACACCACCAACGCCAACAACCCCACCAACACCUUCAAGAAAUACGGCGCCGGCGGCAACGGCGGCGCCGACUCCUUCUCCAGCUACCGCGAUUCCGCCAAUGCCGGUGCCGACUCCUUCCAAUCCUACGGCCGCGAUUCGAGCUCGGAGAAGACGAAUUUCUUAAACUACGGGAAAUCGUUCAAUGUCGGGACCGACGUGUUCAAGGAGUACGGAAAGGGCACGUUGGAUCAGACCGUCGGAUUCAAGAUUUAUGGCGCCAACACCACAUUCAAAGAUUACGCAAAAAAGGGUGUCACCUUCGCCGGCUACACUAAGCCAGAAGCUAACAAAGGCGCUGAUCGGGAGGCAAAGCCUUCCAAAAAUGGGGUGGAAGAAGGGAAGUUCUUUAGGGAAAGCAUGUUGCAAAAGGGGAAAGUAUUGAGAAUGCCCAAUAUUCGAGAUUGGAUGCCUAAGAGGUCGUUUUUGCCCCGGCCCAUUUUGUCGAAAUUGCCAAUUUCGUCGCUAGACGACCUCAAACGGACUUUUAACGCGGGCGAAAACUCCACUAUGGAGCACGUCCUAGCCAAUGCUCAGGCUGAGUGCGUGCGCGCACCCAGCCCUGGCGAGACAAAGUCAUGUGUUGCCUCAAUUGAGGACAUGAUUGACUUUGCUGUCUCGGUACUGGGUGAUGACGUGGUGGUCCGGGCGACCGAGACGGUCGAGGGGUCCGGGCGGGAAGUGAUGAUUGGGGAGGUGAAGGGAGUGAAUGGUGGGAGAGUGACAAAAUCGGUGUCUUGCCAUCAAAGCUUGUAUCCGUACUUGCUCUACUAUUGUCACUCGGUUCCUAAAGUGAGGGUGUAUGAGGUGGAUAUUCUUGAAGUGGAGAGUAAGGCAAGGAUUAAUCAUGGGACUGCCAUCUGUCACUUGGACACGUCUACGUGGAGUCCAGGUCACGGUGCUUUCUUGGCAUUGGGGUCGGGACCGGGACAGAUCGAGGUUUGUCAUUGGAUUUUUGAGAAUGACAUGACUUGGACCAUUUCGGAUUAAUUGAUGUAUUUUUAUUUUUUGUUUAACAAAAUGUUUGCUUUUGUGUGUUUGGGGAUAACUUCUUGAUAAUGGACUCUUUGAUACUUUUUUAUUA